CUCCGCUGUCCAAAGUCUUCUCCAUGAUCUCUCAAGAAGAAAGACAAAGAAGUCUAUGCCACACCAUUCCUUUCAUUGCUGCUACUGCGAGUUCACACACUUCUACCAAGCCUCCUCCAUCAAGAUCAAAGAAACCGAGACCCACUUGUUCUCAUUGUCUCAAGCCGGGUCACUUAGUGGAAAAAUGUUUUUUUCUUCAUGGGUUUCCUCCUGGGUACGGUGACAAGCGUCGUCAAGAUGAAGCUAUCAAACCUUCUGUUCAUCAAGCUUCCGCUUCUCUUGCUUCUGGGUCGAUUUUAGGCAAACCACCUGUGCUGUCCCAAACCGAGCUCAGCCAGCAGCUUAACUCCCUCCUAAGUCAGAAUCUUCAGCACACCGUGGCUGCCACAGACACCAAUAUGCCGAUUGCCUCACAAGUCUCUGGCACCCUCUCGGACUUCCAAGAUUGGGAUUGCUAAGAAAAUAGGCCGGCUGUUUUACUUUGAACAAGACCGUCAAUUCUUACAUGUUGUACAUUCUGACAGCACUCUUAAUACUUGUACUAAAAUGGAUCAAUGGCAUUUCCGCCUUGGCCAUCCUUCUAUGUCAAUUUCAAAUUCAAUAAAUAAAACUCUUGUUUUUUCUAACAAGUCUUAUGAUCAUGUUUGCUCUAUUUGUCACUUAGCUAAACAAAAACGGCUUCCCUUUGUGUCUAAUAAUAAUCGUGCUCCUAAGCCUUUUGAUCUUGUUCAUUUUGACAUUUGGGGGCCCUUUCAUGUUAUUAGCAUAGAAGGUUACAAGU